AAAGAGAACCCUUAAGAGGCUUAACAAUAUAUUACGAUGCGAUGACGACGGCUGCGUCGUAUUUCCUAUUUACGUUUCGGCAGUCUUCGCGAGUAGUUACAGAAGAGUAACUUCGAGAACAUUCUGCCGGCAACAAGUAAGAUUCAAUUUGUGUGGAUAUUCUUAUAUUCUUGUAUUCUUAUACAUAUUACAUUCCGUGGAGAUGACGAAUUUGAAGGUACGUGUGAAUGCACCGACGGUGCGGUACUCGGAGGAUUUUAUCGAAGCAGAGUAUGAAUACUGGAGAACUAGCGUGACCGAGAGUGAUGAGAACGAUGAUAAUAAUACGUAUACGGUAUCACCCACAUUGACGAGAUUGCUGAUCAGGACUAUGAUGAAGGUUCCUAAGCUGGGAUUGAUGUUGGUAGGCUGGGGUGGUAACAAUGGCAGCACCAUAACAGCAGCUUUAAUUGCGAAUAAACUUAAAUUAAUGUGGAAGACAAAAGAGGGUGAGAAAACCGCAAAUUGGUAUGGUUCUUUAACGCAAGCGUCCACUGUGAGAUUAGGGACAAAAAACAAAGAAGAGGAUAUUUAUGUACCUAUCUCUAGUAUGCUGCCUAUGGUGAACCCUGAUGAUAUCGAGAUUGAUGGUUGGGACAUUUCGGAUAUAAAUCUUGCCGAUGCCAUGACGCGUGCUAAGGUGUUGGAUAUAAAUUUACAAGCACAAUUGCAGCCUUAUAUGAUGCACAUGCGGCCCAGGAAGAGCAUAUACUACUCUGAUUUCAUUGCAUCGAACCAGGGUAAAAGAGCAAAUAAUAUUAUCAUGGGUACUAAGAUUGAGCAGCUCAAUAAAAUUCGUAAUGAUAUCGUGGAAUUUAAAACUAUGAAGGAUUUGGAUCAGGUGAUUGUUCUGUGGACUGCUAAUACCGAGAGAUUUUCGGAAAUCAUAAUGGGCAUUCACGAUACGGCUGAUAAUCUUUUGAAGGCGAUCCAAGAGGAUCAUUCGGAAAUCAGUCCCAGUACUAUGUUUGCUGUGGCGGCGGCUUUAGAAGGAUGUACUUACAUCAAUGGGUCGCCGCAAAAUACUUUUGUGCCAGGAGUCCUUGAACUAGUCGAAAGGCAGAAAACAUUUAUUGGUGGUGACGAUUUUAAAUCUGGCCAAACAAAACUGAAGUCCGUGCUUGUAGAUUUCCUUGUAUCAGCCGGCAUUAAACCGGUAUCGAUCGUUAGUUACAAUCAUUUAGGAAAUAAUGAUGGAUAUAAUUUAUCCGCACCACAACAAUUUCAUUCAAAAGAGAUCUCCAAGAGCAAUGUUAUAGAUGAUAUAGUGCAAUCCAACAAAAUUCUCUAUAAACCUGGAGAAAAGCCGGAUCAUUGUAUCGUUAUUAAAUAUGUCCCUUAUGUUGGCGAUAGUAAGAGAGCCAUGGACGAAUACACUUCUGAAAUCAUGCUGGGUGGCCAUAAUACUAUCGUGAUUCAUAACACAUGUGAGGAUUCGCUCCUGGCGGCACCUAUCAUUCUUGAUCUCGUCAUCUUGGCCGAGCUUUGUUCUCGCAUCACUUUCAAGAGAAUGGAUUCUGAUGACGAAGAAUUUUCAAAUUUUCAUAGUGUGCUCUCCAUUCUGUCGUACCUCUGCAAAGCUCCUCUAGUGCCACAAGGAUCACCGGUAGUAAACGCUCUUUGCCGACAGCGAGCUGCCAUUGAAAAUAUCUUGCGAGCCUGCUUAUCCUUACCACCAGAAAACAACAUGUUGCUGGAGCACAAGGUCACCUUCAAGAUUUAAGAAAAAUGAGAAAGGAGAUAGAAGAAAUGUAACGAAUAAAGCAGACAUAAGGCAAAAAAGUGAUAUAAUAAA